UUUUAUACGUCUGGCACAAGUUAAUUCAUUUAAAAAGUCACCAGUGUUUAGUUAGCUACUGUACAGUAUAGUAAACACGGAGAUUUACUAAUAAAACGGUGAUCUAUUUAAUAAACAUGUUUAAGAAGUUAGUAAACAAAUUUUUUUAAGUGUUUGAUAAUUUUUCAUUUUAAAUCUUUUCAAAUAAAAAAAAAUAAAAGAAACAAAAAAUCUCCUUUUAAAAAAGCACAGUGUUUUACAAACAAUAAUCACAAUAAUUGUAUGGGCACGUUUCAAUUUCGAGACGAAAAAGAAUAAAUAAAUAAACGCAAAAAUUAAUAAUAAUCAACGGACACAUGAUAUACGGCUGCGGAUUUGUUGAUUAUUUUUUUUCUGUGCGGCUGACAAUAAUAAAAUUUGACAAAACAGAAAAGAAAAGAAAUUCCUAAAUAAAAUAUUUUUGAAAUAUAUUUUUAAUUAAAAAAAUAAAUAAAUUUUGCGGGAACAUAAAAAUAAUUCGAGAGAAAUUCUACAACAAAAGACUAUAAGCAAUGAUAAUAUUUGUGUGAUUGCAUUGGAUUUUGGAUUUUAUAUUUUGUACGAAAAAUUUGUUUGAGCCUACCGGACGAAUUUAGAAAAUAAAAAUUGAAAUGUUGACUUCAACUACAAAUUCGGAUAUGACACCGGAUGGUGGUGGACAUUUAAAUUAUACAGAUUCGAAGUGGCCAAUGGGUAUAUUAACUGGCAUCAAUAAAAUAAAGCAAGAGCUGUACCCGGGCGUCAUUUCCAUGGGAAGUAAUUACGAUCACAUGAGAACAUCACCCUUACCGCUAUCGGUUAUAGAACGGACGAACAAUGAUUCUAAUUCUACACCAAAUUCAUCUAGUAACUUAAAACAGGACGAAUUGUCGUCCAAUCUAACCAUAGACGAUCGUGAUAGUACUAGUUCAAUCAAUUCGACAAAUAAUGAUAGAACGUCAACGUCUAAACCGCCCUACAGUUACGUUGCACUAAUUGCUAUGGCUAUACAGAAUUCUCAUCUAAAACGUGCAACACUUAGUGAAAUUUAUGCAUUCAUCACGUCGAGAUUUCCAUAUUUCGAGAAAAAUAAAAAAGGCUGGCAAAAUUCCAUCAGGCACAAUUUAUCAUUAAACGAAUGUUUUGUUAAAGUGCCUCGUGAAGGUGGCGGUGAAAGAAAAGGAAAUUACUGGACCUUGGACGCACAAUACGAAGAUAUGUUUGAAAAUGGUAACUACAGACGCCGAAGACGAAUGAAACGACCGUAUCGAACGGGAGCACAUUUUUCAAAAAUAUUCGCUGAACCAUACGUUACAAAUUCAGCCAAUUUUGCUCCACGAUUUCCACACAAUUCGUACCAAACUUAUCCGAGAUACGAACCAAGUUUCAGUUCGCCAUGGUUGCCAUCGUCUCAACUAAGCAAUUACUCGCCUUGUCCAUCAAGAUCUAGUUAUUCAUACAAUACACCAAUGCAACAGCCGGUGCAAAGUGUCCCAAUCAACACAUAUGGAGCAUUGAGCAAUAAUAUCGUUUCAGGAAGCAGUUCGCCGCCGUGUUCUAGACGAUAUGAGCCGACAUCAUAUCCUUUCUGGGCAGAUCCUUCAUUAAUGAUCAAGGAGGAGGGUCCAAUGAGUGUAUCAUCGACACAGCAACCAAUCCAAAGAAGUUAUUUACCUCAACCAUAACGAGUAGUACGAACAUCAUUUUAGUUACAACCAAUAUGAAUAUGAACUGUACAUUAAUAAUUGACAGAAUGUACGGACACCGAGGUUAAAACGUAAAUACCAAAGCAACAAUCAUUUUUUUUAAUUAUUUUUUUUUCUAAUUUUUAAAUUUAACUUUAAGUGUUAUGAUAUUUCUUAUAAAGGAAUAAAAUUCUUGUCUUCGAAUUUAAAUUAUUUAUUUAUGUUACAAAAGUCUAAUGCAGCUACUCUUUUCAUUUUCAUUAUUAAAAACAAUUCUUCGGUAAUUUUCUCUUUUUUGUUUCAAAAAUUUUAAUUUAUUUUUGUAAAUUGAACGAAUAGUCAAUGGAAUUAUAUGAGAAUUAGGUAGGCACCACAAAGAAUUGCCGGAAUUUUUCGUCGUUACAGAUUUAAGUUUAGGAAA